UUCUUUAUGCCGUGAUUCUUUCUUUUCUCGCAGGUGUUGUACGAUAUAUACGUACGGAUUCGACUGCAUUCGAUUCGAGAAGUGUUGUUGCUGACGCAAACGACCGUUUGUCGUUUAAGGGAGGCUAGAAAUACUCUUUGCUCGGACAUUGCAAGUCGCCCACGUGGUCGACUGAUAUGGAAAAUCAUCGGAAAAAUUCUGACAAAAGCUUCGACACCGAUGACGACUCCGACUACGCUAUGAUACGGCAGAUAAAGAUGGAACCGGACACGAUGUUUGCGACUUCCGAGGAUGAUAUCAUGGCGCAGCUGCAGCAGGACAGUUCUGAUCUGGAGGUUGAGCCUAGCUUCGCGCUGGACGGCUCCCUGAACGGCGAGUACGGCAACGAGGGCGUGCUGAUACAGCAUAUGGACAUCAGGGAGCCCUUGUCCACGUUGAGGAGCCUCCUGGAGGACAGGCUCACCAUAGAUUUAAAGAAUUACUCGUUUUGGUUACAAAACGCACAGGUGUUGGAAAGUCACAAAAAUCUGGUUGAUCAGUGCGUUCAAGGGGAAGGGCUUGUUCAGAUCAAUGUACAAAUAAAGCCGAUGCAGAAACGUAUCAAUAUAGUAGACGUUCUUAAGCCAGCGGAUGAUUUCUUUGAAGUUGUGGAGAAUAAUUCACCAGUGCCUCCUGUUCAGGAAAAUAAACGAAACGUCAUAAAAUGGAUGAUAGAUCCGCUCUAUAAAAAAGAUCAGGAGCGAUUGAAAAUACCAAAUGAUCCAAGAGACUGGUCAGAAGCGCACGUGAAACAUUGGCUGCAAUGGGCUGUUAGACAAUUCAACAUAGUGUCGUUACGUUUAGCCGAUUGGAAUAUAACUGGCGCGCAGCUGUGUAACCUUACGAUGGAGGAAUUCCAUGCAAAAGUGCCUCUCGAUCCAGGAGACGUGUUUUGGACGCAUUUUGAACUUCUUAGGAAAUGCAGAUUCGUUGCCGUUGUACAAAAGGAUCCACCGGAUUCGCCUAAUGAAGAUGUUACAGAAAAGUCCAUUAAAGCUCGAAGUCAGAAAGUAACCAAACCGAGGACGGUAAAUCAACAGUCGCGUGUAGUUAACAUGCCACUGGAAAAUGUCGAUCCACUGGCAAUAGCCGGUUCUAGUCGGGCAGUUAACAGCGGACAGAUACAGCUGUGGCAGUUUUUGUUAGAACUGUUAACGGACAGGGAGCACAGAAGUAAGAUUCAGUGGGUGGGAACUGAGGGAGAGUUCAAGCUUAAUCAGCCGGAGGUAGUAGCAAAAUUGUGGGGCGCUCGCAAAAAUAAGCCGUCGAUGAACUACGAGAAGCUGAGCCGGGCACUUCGAUAUUAUUACGACGGCGACAUGAUCUCUAAAGUUCACGGUAAACGAUUUGUCUACAAAUUCGUAUGCAACUUGAAGGAGUUGUUAGGCUAUUCAGCAGCGGAGUUGAGUAAACUUGUUGAUGAUGGAAGGCGAUAUUUAUGAUGAUAAAAUCACAUUUUUUUGAUGAUAAAACCACAUUUUAUUAAUAAUAAAAUAGGUUUUAUUGUAAGCGUCACAUUAUUACUUUUAAUUAACAUAAUUAUUUACUAAUAAUACAUUACAAUCAGUCUUUUGUCUAACAUGUUACCAAUAGUACAUUAUAGUAUUUCGUUAAGAUAUAAUCACUUUUAUUCUUUUAUCAUUGCCGCGUUAUUUCUUUAUUCAUUACAAAUUUCUUUGCAUAUUUUUUUCUAAAUGAGUUCAGCAAUUAAUUUUUCAAGUAAUAUUUUUUACAAAACAAAAAACAUUUACUGAUACUGAUAUAAUAAUAAAUUUUCGGUAAAUUACAGGUAUUCAUUAGAUCAUACAAGUAUGCGUGAAUUAUAAUGUAAUAUUAAAACAACUUGAAAAUUAUGUACAUACAAACUAUUAUGAAGCAUUUACGUAUCAGAAUGGAUUUACGAACAAAUAGUAUUGUAUACAUUUCUUUUUGUUUUUGUAUAAAAGAAUCAAAUAUUCAAGAGUUAAUUGUGGCUAUGGUCAAGAACUAAAAGUAAUGUAUUAUAUAGUUUUCAUUGUUAAAUAUCGCGCCUCAUCGAUUUUAAGGAGCUUCUAUAUAAGAGAAAAACAGAUAACGCAAAGUUUAAAUAUGUUUAAUCUCUAUAUCAAUAUAUUUUUUUAUUAUAUUAUAUAGGUAAAUGUUAAUAUGUAAAAUUCUAAGACCAUUGAACAAAGUAUACUAUUUUAUGAAAUGCGCUUUAAUAAAAACCAUGAAAACGAUAUUGUAAUCUUAAAGUUUUGGAAUAAACUACAGUUCAUGUGAAAAA